AACAAGCAUGAGAGAGUGCGAGAGACGGAUGACAGAUUGAGGUUUGCGUGGAUGCUGGUGGUGAAAAAACGCGGAACCCGGUUCAGUUUGAGGGCGUUGAUGUUCAGACGACAAACUGUGAGACAUCAUCCCAUGCUGCCUGAGAGCACACCGAGAACGCCCCCGAUCCUGUCAGCAAAAGAGAGGAGAAAAGUCAGCAAGAGGAAUGUGAGAAAACUGCAGAAAAAUAGAACUCCAUCAUCCCAAAUCCAGCCUUCUUAGACUGUAGUGGACAUUUCAAAUCUCCCUUUUCAUGACCACCCAGGAGAGGCAUGACGGAUUAAAUCACAUGCUCCAUCAAGAGUGAUCACAAACCCAACCUGCAGAAGCCUCUCUCUCCACUACUGGAAUCUCUGAAUGCUUUCCAGGAGCUUAGAUCAACUCAAACUUCCCCAAGUAGUUAGCUUAUCUCACUCAGAGGAAGUGCUGAUAAAAGCAGGAACAAUUAAUGCUUUCCUACUGAGGGCCUGAAGAAGAGGCAGAGCCUGGAGGGUCUCAGAGACACUUUUUGGGACUCUACUGAGAGGAGAAGAUUGCUGCUGUAACAGAGGGGAUGGGCAACAAAAAUGCAACCCCACCGAAAGGUCCCAGCACCGGUGCUACACCGAAAGACGGAGCAAUGAGCGUGGACAGUGGAUCAGGAAGUGUCUCUGGAGACGGACCCCCGGGCCCCAGCCCAGAGCUGCUGGCCUCUCUGCAGUCCCUCAGAGACAACAGUGACUACACUCUGCUGCCACACUCCUUGCACCAGAUUGCAGAGGCCUAUUCACUCAAAGAAGACUACCAGUGGGCUAUUCAGUUUCUGCAGCUGGAGAAGAUCUACCAUGAACGUCUGCUGUCCAAUCUAGACACCCUGCAGGAAAACUGGGAGAGCAAGCUGAAGGAGAAGAGCCCUGAGAGCAGUUUACCUGAUGAAACGGACUUCAUCAAUCAGAAACACAUGGAGACCCUGAGCCAGAUCUGCAGGACACACCUCAGACCCUCGACCAAUAUAGGACAGAACCCAGAAAAUAUAAUCCAGAUGGACAUUCAGAGGACAAAGGAGACACUUCAGUCCAGCUUUAAUGUCAACAAGGCAGAAACGACACAGCAGGAUGAGGAACAUCACGGCAGGAAGAGCUUAGAUCCAGAACGUCCCUCAGCACGGACAGGCCACCAGGAAGGACAUGAGGAGGAGGAAGGAGGAGAGGAGACAUAUGAGGAAGGACUUAAAGUAGAUAAUGAGGAGGAGACAUGUGAAGAGACGCCGGAAGAGGAGGAGGUGAAGCUGGAGUGGCCGACAGGAGUCCCCCAGGCUUCAGACAAGGACCUGGCCAAGCUGUCCAACACAGAGGGGAGUUCAGCUCCAGAUGGUCUGGUGUCCAUCCUGAAGAGGAGGAGAGCAUCUUUGGAUGGAUUACCUCCCCCCAGUAACACUGUCACCAAACAAAACGCCAAACGUAAAGUUCGCUUUAGUGAGCCCGAGGAUGGCAUUGAACAAGAUGAGGUGGGAGGAGAUUCCUGCCUGAUCCUGCUGCUGCUGUGUCUGGUGACUGUGGUGAUCAGCAUCGGUGGGACAGCCCUAUACUGCACCCUGGUGGACAGUUACUCCAACAUCUGCACUGACUUCACUCAAAAUGUAGACUUCUACGUCAUGAGUGUAAGGAGGUUCUUUGAAGGUCUUGGACACUGGUUUCCUUUCCGGACUUAGAUCCUCUGAUCUGCUCCCCAGAGUCCUGCACUGUGAUUUGACAGUGUGGAGGAUUUGUGUCUCUGAGCACAGCACAGUUCUGCAGUCUGACUGCAGUCGCAUGAACAGGCGUUCAUUUGGUGCUGCCAUUCAGAGUGUCAGAGCUCUGAUUUGACUGGAGCUUGGGUCCUUUGACUUAAAGACUUUAAGUUAUCAGAUCCAGAUUUAUGAAUAACUCAUGGAUGCUCAAAGCAACACCAAGCAGAGAAACUGUCUGAAUCCACCAGCCUGCAUGUUGUGGGGUUAGAAUUUGAAAAACCUCUUGUUUACUACUGCCUUUGUCGAUUUUCCAUCUUCAGCUAAACCAAACAGGCACCACACAGGAGGGCUAGCAUCAAUAUGUUUUGACAAAUGAACAAGUUUAUCUGUGUACUAGUGAUUCACAAAGAUUUGUAGCAAUCUUAGCUGUGAGUACAUUUGUAUUUUGGUCCAUAUGUUUUCUUGUUCUUGUGGUUUUACACUUCCAAAGCUGUCAUUAAGACACUAGAACUGUUUUAGUGUUGUUUUGACCCAAUAUAUGAUCUUUACUCCCUUUGAAUCUGUGUUACUAUCAGAUUUUUCUGUGUUGACCUGUUUCUGUUCAAUAAAUUAAUUAUGGGGCUCUACACUUUUAAGAGACACAGCAUGAAUUAAAAGAUUUGAUUGUUUCUAAAAUCACUAAUUCAAGAUGCAGAUGAGCCUUUAUGAUCCUUUUGCACUGCAAUUCAAGUGGUUAUUCUUAACAUUCCUAUUGGGCUCUUGUAAAUAAGAGCAGUGAAAGAGAUGCAUUGUACUAUAUGUGAUGUGAGUAAAUGAACAAAGUGGCCAGGUAAAAAUGAACACACUAUCAUGACAGAGUCAUCAUGAAUGAGGCCUUGGGUACUAUUACAAGGACAGUACAAGUAAAAAAUCUUAAAACCGAUGCUUUAGAGCAGGGGUGUCCAAACCUUUUUCACUGAAAAUAUAAGGACAACUUGGCCAGUUUGAUGGACAGCACCUUUGGUGUUUUAAAAAUCACAUAGUUUACCCCUUUAAGUCAAGUUUAUAUUGGUCUCAGAGGUCCC